AUGCCAGAGUCAAACAAAUCAGAUGCGCCUUCCAUCCAAGAGCUAGGAUCUCAUAUCGUGGGAGCUCGCACCCAAGCCUGUGGAGAAAGUAACCGUACCGAAGCCAGGGCACAGGAGAGCCCUCAACUAGAAUUUAUUAAUGAUGGCAAGAACAAUGUAUCAGCAAGGAGGCAAGCUCUUGAGCUCCGACUUCCACACCAUCCCAAUCGAUCCAACUCCCUCAACAAUCUUGCAAAUGCACUGCAGACCCAAUUUCAGCAAGGAGGUGAGCAAAGUGAUCUUGAUGAAGCCAUUUCUCUGCACAGGCAAGCUCUUGAGCUCCGACUUUCACCCCAUCCUGAUCAAUCCAGCUCUCUCAACAAUCUUGCAACUGCACUGCAGACCCAAUUUGAGCAAGGAGGUCAGCAAAGUGAUCUUGAUGAAGCCAUUUCUCUGCACAGGCAAGCUCUUGAGCUCCGACUUUCACCCCAUCCCAAUCAAUCCAGCUCUCUCAACAAUCUUGCAACUGCACUGUCAACCCAAUUUGAGCAAGGAGGUCAGCAAAGUGAUCUUGAUGAAGCCAUUUCUCUGCACAGGCAAGCUCUUGAGCUCCAACUUCCACCCCAUCCCAAUCAAUCCAGCUCUCUCAACAAUCUUGCAACUGCACUGUCAACCCGAUUUGAGCAAGGAGGUCAGCAAAGUGAUCUUGAUGAAGCCAUUUCUCUGCACAGGCAAGCUCUCAAGCUCUUCCUUCCACCCCAUCCCAAUAAUCCAGCUCUCUCAACAAUCUUGCAAAUGCACUGUAAACCCGAUUUCAGCAAGGAGGUCAGCAAAGUGAUCUCAAUGAAGCCAUUUCUCUGCACAGGCAAGCUCUUGAGCUCCAACUUUCACCCCAUCCCAAUCGAUCCAACUCUCUCAACAAUCUUGCAACUGCACUGUCAACCCGAUUUGAGCAAGGAGGUCAGCAAAGUGAUCUUGAUGAAGCCAUUUCUCUGCACAGGCAAGCUCUUGAGCUCCAACUUUCACCCCAUCCCAAUCGAUCUAGCUCUCUCAACAAUCUUGCAACUGCACUGUCAACCCAAUUUGAGCAAGGAGGUCAGCAAAGUGAUCUUGAUGAAGCCAUUUCUCUGCACAGGCAAGCUCUUGAGCUCUUCCUUCCACCCCAUCCCAAUCAAUCCAGCUCUCUCAACAAUCUUGCAACUGCACUGUCAACCCAAUUUGAGCAAGGAGGCAAGCUCUCAAGCUCUUCCUUCCACCCCAUCCCAAUCAAUCCAGCUCUCUCAACAAUCUUGCAACUGCACUGUAGCCCGAUUUAAGCAAGGAGGUCAGCAAAGUGAUCUUGAUGAAGCCAUUUCUCUGCACAGGCAAGCUCUCAAGCUCUUCCUUCCACCCCAUCCCAAUCGAUCCAGCUCUCUCAACAAUCUUGCAACUGCACUGAAGACCCGAUUUAAGCAAGGAGGCAAGCUGUUGAGCUUCCUUUCACCCCAUCCCAAUCGAUCUAUCUCACUCAACAAUCUUGCAAAUGCACUGUCAACCCGAUUUGAGCAAGGAGGUCAGCAAAGUGAUCUCGAUGAAGCCAUUUCUCUGCACAGGCAAGCUCUUGAGCUCCAACUUUCACCCCAUCCCAAUCGAUCCAGCUCUCUCAACAAUCUUGCAACUGCACUGUCGACCCGAUUUGAGCAAGAAGGUCAGCAAAGUGAUCUUGAUGAAGCCAUUUCUCUGUACAGGCAAGCUCUCAAGCUCGAACUUCUACCCCAUCCCAGUCGAUCCAGCUUGCUUCCCAUUGUUCCCAAUCUUGCAAAUGCACUGUGGAUCCGAUUUGUGCAAGGAGGUCAGCAAAGUGAUCUUGAUGAGACCAUUUCUCUGCAGAGGCAAGCUCUGGAGCUGAUCCUUCCACCCCAUCCUGAUCGAACUGGGGUGCUCAACAAUCUUGCAAAUGCACUUUUCUCUCAAUUUAAGCAAGGACAUCAGCAAAGUGAUCUCGAUGAAGCCAUUUCUCUGCACAGGCAAGCUCUUGAGCUCUGCCUUCCACCCCAUCCUGAUCAAUCUGACUCUCUCAACAAUCUUGCAUAUGCACUAUUGACCCGAUUUGAGGAAGGAGGUCGGCAACUUAGUGAUCUCAAUGAAGCCAUUUCUCUGCACAGGCAAGCUCUCAAGCUUUUCCUUCCACCCCAUCCCAAUCGAUCCAGCUCACUCCACAAUCUUGCAAAUGCACUGUCAAGCCGAUUUGGACAAGGAGGUCAGCAAAGUGAUCUUGAUGAAGCAAUGUCUCUAUUCCUCACUGCUACCCAAUACCCCUUCCAAUCUCCAUCUAAACGCCUCCACAUUGCAAGGAGAUGGACACGUUGUGCAGAGAGAAAUCAACAUAGCUCUGCAAUUGAUGCUUAUGAAGCUUCCAUACAGGCUUUACCACAGGUGGCUGCUCUGAGCUUGGAUGUAGCAUCACGACAGGAUGCCAUGACUGCAUACAGUGAUGGCUUAGCUCGGGAUGCAGCUAGAUGUGCUAUUCGCUCUGGACAUAUAAACAAAGCCAUAGAACUUCUAGAAGCAGGACAAAGUAUCUUCUGGUCACAGGUCCUAUCUCUCCGCUCACCCUUUGAUCAACUUCACAAGAUUGCACCUGAAUUGGCAGAUAAUCUGCGAAACAUUGCGACUCAGCUGGAGAUUGGAUCUUAUCGUGAUGUUUUUUCCGAGAUGUUGGACAACAGGAAGAAGUUAUCUAUAGACCAGGAAGCAGCCCGACUCAAUCGCCUUAAUGAAGAAUGGGCUCAAUCUAUUGAUGAAGUUAGGAAAUACAGUGGAUUUGAGGACUUUCUACGCCCAUCCCAUUUAUCCUCACUCAAAGCAGCUGCAUCAGAACAUCCUGUUGUCAUUCUCAUCGCUAAUGAUGAUGAAAGCCAUUGCCUCAUCAUGACAUCAACAAUCAAUCAUCACAUCCCUCUUCCAAAGUUAGGCACUCCUAGGUUGGAGGAACUUGCUCAGAUCAUUCGGAUAGCCUCUAGCUCUCAGUCGCGGAUAUCACAGUCACUUAUUGAUCAAACCCAAAACAUAAAUAUAACACUUCUGGGAGAAGAGCGAGCAGGGAGGGUUAGCACUGGCAGCCCUAGAUCUUCAGAUGACAAGUUCAAAUUUGUUUUGAGGGAGCUGUGGGACGAAUUGGUGAAGCCAGUCAUUAAUUUUCUCGAUAUUAAGAAAUCAGACAAAAUGACUGUCCUGCAAUGGUGCCCAACUGGACAUUUCACCUUUCUUCCCAUCCACGCCGCAGGCUGCUAUGAUGAUGAGAUUGAUUGUGCCCCAGAUUACUUCAUUUCUUCAUACACUCCAACCAUAGGGGCACUUCUGGCUUUGGAUUCAGCUCCCACCACCCAAUCGUUCCAAAUGAUGGCUGUGAUCCAGUCUAAAGGGCUGCCUUCUACAAGAAGGGAGCUAGAAAACAUCCGGCGACAUGUACCUUGCGAAGCUCUCGUCGAAUUAGGAGUUCCUGGAGUACCUGCUGGAGUUGAAGCUGUUGCCUCCCAUCUUUCCAAUGUGUCUAUCGUUCACUUUGCGUGCCAUGGGAAACAAGAUCCAUUGAGCCCACUUGACAGUGGGCUUAAGCUCGACGAUGGGCUACUCCGAAUCUCGAGAAUUAUGAAGGAAAAGCUGCUAAAUGGAUCACUUGCCUUUCUUUGUGCUUGCGAGACAGCCAUGGGCGAUCAGAAUCUACCGGAUGAGUCGAUGAGCAUAGGUGCAAGCUUGAUCUUUUGCGGAUUUCGGCGGGUCGUCGCUACUAUGUGGUAG